GUGGCGGCCCAUGGAUGGGAGUGUAACACCGCUCCCACGUGACCGGCGUGUUUAUGCAAAAUGGCGGCGCCCAGGGGUGCUGUUGGUAUGCUGCGGCUGUUCACGGGGUUGCAAUGAAAAAUAGAAGAAAAUGCGGCCGUCGUCAAGAGGAGUGGUGGGAAAUUACUGGAUUCUGUUUUCCAUUAAGUCCAGAAAGCCAGGUCCUAAGGCCAUGUGACUGGCUGUCAGCGUGUUUUCUACUCAUCGGUUAAUCAGUUCUACUUAUACCAGUCAAGCAUUCAUCAAAGAAGAUAUCUUUUUUGCCACAGACAGAAAAAUGCUUAUAAGGUAGUUUGGCCAGCUGAUGUUUCUCCUCCUCAUCCAGUUCCUAAGCAUAUAAAGCAGCCAGACUAUGUGACGACAGGCGCUCUGCCUGACAUGGGAGACGAAAUAGACCUUAAGAAUGAAGAUCAGAUUCUACGGCUUCGUCAGGCUUGUCAGCUGGCCCGUCAUGUCCUGCGUCUGGCUGUGAGGAGUGUAAAGGUUGGCAUGACUACAGAAGAAAUAGAUUAUUUGGUUCACCAUGAAAUAAUCAAGCACAAUGGUUAUCCAUCACCUCUAGGAUUUAAAGGUUUUCCAAAAUCUGUGUGUACUUCAGUAAACAACGUGGUAAGCCAUGGAAUUCCUGACAGCCGCCCUCUCCAGGAUGGCGAUAUUAUUAACAUUGAUGUCACAGUGUAUCUCAAUGGCUACCAUGGUGAUACAUCCGAAACGCUGCUAGUGGGGAAUGUGGAUAAGGCUGGUCAAAAGUUAGUGGAGGUUGCCAGGAAAUGCAGAGAUGAAGGAAUUGCCGUUUGCAGACCUGGAGCUCCUUUCUCCGUAAUUGGGAACACAAUCAGCAACAUUGCUCAUCAAAAUGGUUUUCAAGUCUGCCCUUACAUUGGCGGUCAUGGGAUAGGAACGAAUUUACAUAGUAAUCCUGAAGUUUGGCAACAUGCAAACGAAAACAAUGUAUUAAUGGAGAAGGGAAUGGCAUUCACAAUAGAGCCUGUAAUAAUGGAAGGACUGACCGAAUGUUAUCUCCUGGAUGAUGAUUGGACUCUGAUAAGUGCAGACCUCAGAAGAUCAGCCGUGUUUGAGCAUACCAUCGUCAUUACAGACAAAGGCGCAGAAAUCCUGACCCUCCUGGCUGAGGAAACUUAAGAGCCACCAGCUGGCAGAAGACCCUUUUUCCUGUGGUGCUCCCGGGAGAAGCUGGCACCAAGGGCUGUAUCAACCCAUUUAUUUAUUUCGGGGAGCUGCUUUCUGGCAGGAUCCUCAAAGGACACAGAUGUAAAUAAUCUUUGAACAAAGCAUGUAUAACCUCUUCUACUCCACAACUAUAAAAAAUAUAAUCGCCCUCUUUCUUUAAAAAAAAGUGAGGAUGUGUUUCUCCCUCCCCCACUUUGUUUUGGUUUUUUAUGCUUUGUUUCAAGGCUGUUCCUAGUCCCUGUGGCAGUGCCCACAUGUUUAUAUAGCCAAAUGUUUUUGUUUUUUUCAAAGACAUGGAAACAACAGCAAAGCAAAGCAGCAAACUUUAUUUCUUGUGGCUUUGCAGCCACUUACAUUUUGAGCAAGCGUUCAGCUCUCUGUAUUAUCAGAACCUUCAGACCGAAUAACCCUUCUUUGCCAAAAAGAAAAAAGUGGUUUUUACUGUAUUACUUGUUACUCUUAGUGACUCUGAGGAUGACAUUAUUCCUUGAGGAAGAGGAUCUUGCCUAAACUGGUGCCCAUUUUUCCCAGGACUCCAUCUGACCUUGCAUCUUUACUGCAGAGGGAUCGGUCGAUUUGGGUCUUCGCUUGUGCCCCAAAUUCCAAGCCAAACCUCCCAAGGAAAGGAGGAGAAAUAUGGAUGCCUAGCAAUUGAAAACUUCCUUUGGGGUGGUGGGGAUGGGGAGUGCUGAAUGCCCAGAGGAAGCCUGAGAAGAAGGGCUGGCUCUGACGGUCCCCCUUCUGCCUACAAGGACCGCUGUGGCUGUAGCUUCUGCUAGUCACACUUGUACUAACAGACACACCGUGGUCCAUCUUAACGAGCGGGCUUUGCUCGUUGCCCCAUGUGUUAAGGGCCUUCUCGGGGAGCUGCUGGAGAUCUUCUCCAGGCCGGUUCAAAAGACUUCAGUCUUCUGCUUGGGGGUGGGGGGGCAAGCCGGAGAGGGUCCCGCACAAGCUUGAAGCAGGAUCGCCUAAAACUAAAGGCGAGCCUCAACGAGGGAAGAGGCUCGGUGGGGAAGGAAAGUUGCGGGAGGAGGGGCGAGUGAAACGCGCCUUUGCUGGAAAGGAGCCUGGCCGGGAUGGAGAGGGUGUAGUUUCCGAUGCAAACGAGUUCCAUGGAUAAGGCAAAUAGAAGCGAGCUGGGAAGAGAGAAGGGGAUUUCCUGACUGGGCUCGACGUCAGUCAACCCAAAAUUGACUCUUCGGGUGGUAACAAUCACGUCAAAGCCCCGAGCUCAUCCCCCGCCCCCCCACGGAACCAAAAGUUGCGGUACUCGGCUUCACACCGAGGCUUAAGCUACGUUUGCCAGUUUUCCUCUUAUGAAACCCAACUGUGAACCUGUGCCAGUGUGGCUACUUCAGUAGUCGCUGUUAAAGCAAAUCGUGGAACCACAAAAUUGGCUUCAUUUAGAAAAGACAUUAAACCGACAGUGCUGAGAUUUGAAACCAGAUUUUGACAAGUUCGUUAACCCCCCCCCUCUCUUUCGGCGCACUCCAAAAGGUAGGGUAGUGGGAGGGCCGUCACAAAAAUAAUAAUUGACUUCGUUUUGUUUUAAGUUUUAAUAAAAAUGAUUUGA